GUCGUCAGGUAGAACGUCUUGACACGCGCUGCGCUAGCUGUAACGGUGUGGCCGUGACCUCCUAAAAUACACGUACAGUGCCGAGCAACCUCGGCUACUGCCGCAUGUCAUGUGCUGUGUGAUUCACACUAAGCGUACGGUAUGGUGCGGUCGUCGGGCAGAGAACGGGAGAUUGGCGAGGCUGGAAAUCUGUUUGUGCCAUCCUGGCACUGACACAAGUGUAAGCGUUGAACGUAACAGCGAUAAUUAAGAAACCAGUCCACGAGAAACAGGAUGCCGUUGAGGGUUCUUCGUGGAAUUCCUGUACCAUGGCGGGUGCGUGAUGAUAGCAGUCUUCAGGGUGUGUUAGAUCUAGAAGUCCGAGAAGACGACAUCUUCGUCAUCUCGUACCCAAAGUCAGGCACUGUAUGGCUACAGAAAAUUGUCAGUUGCAUACUUGGAUGUGGCGAGGACCAAACCAACGUCAACCUGGGGCUUGAAUUGAGCUUGGGUAGUGGCGGAUCUGAAGAAGAAAUACGUGCAGCUCCCCCGGUGUAUAAAGUAGUUGAAACCUGGACCUCUCCCAGGGUUAUGAUCACGCAUCUCUUGCCCCGUCUGCUCCCGGCUCAGUUACUUGCGAAGAAGGCCAAGAUGCUGUAUAUUGCCCGCAACCCUAAGGACGUUGUGGUGUCGUACUCGCAUUUCACCAGCGCAGUGAAGGCGCCAGAGCCCUUCCCGCAGUGGGAGGAGUUUGUCCCAGCAUUCCUGGAGGGGAACAUGCCUUAUGGCUCCUGGUUUACCCACGUCAAGCAGUACUGGGAGAUGAGGCAUCAUGAGAACUUUCUGUUUCUCAAGUAUGAAGAUCUCAAAAAGGACGAACACGCUGUCAUCCAUCAAGUUGGAAGAUAUCUGGGGCAGAACCUCGAUGCGCAGAAAAUCAAAGAGAUCUCCGAUCACUGUUCAAUAGAUAGCAUGCGCAAAAAGUUCAGCGAAAAGAAGCAGGCAAUCACCAUGUUCAUGGACGAAACAAAAUCGCCGUUCGUGAGAAAAGGGAAGGUUGGCGACUGGCGGGAGCGCUUGACUACAGCACAAAGCCAACAGUUUGACCAGCUAUACGAGGAACAUCUUGGUGGGAGUGGUCUAACAUUUGAUUACUAGAGCGAUUCAAAGAAACGUCAUUGAAGUACAUUAACAUUACACCCACUUGCUUUUUCUUUAAAGGUGCAGCCUAUCAGUUGCACUUAGGCAAAAGUAGCUGAGAAAGUUAUUGGUGAAAACAUAUUGGUUUAAACAUAGUUUAUAGGAUUAAACUCCUUGUGAAAUUAUUGUGUGGCAAGUGUCCAAAAAGUGCUUUUUGAAAUUACCAUAAGAAGCGCGAGCAAGAGUUGACAACAACACAUGCGCUCGCAAUACGGGCGUUUCACAGUAGUGCACCUCCAAGAGUUUCCAACGCGUUGGCCAAUCACAGUGCACGAAA